AAGUGUGAUUGUCGGGGCGCAUUUGGCAGGAGCUUCAGUGACCAAGACAGCUCAACCUGCUGAUGUUUCACGAGCAACGGUGUCUAAGAUGAUGCCGGCAUGGAACUCCGAUGGAAAGACAUCAUCAGCAAAGGGCAACAGUGGGUGGAAGCGCAUACUCCAGGCUCGUGAUAUCCGUGUAUUAAUUCGAAGUGCAAGGCAAAACAGGCGAGCAACUGCAGAUCAACUGACUGCAAAUUUCAACCUGGGGCAUGAGCAGCCAGUUUCAUCAAAAACGGUCCGCCGAGAACUCCACAGAGCGGGAUACCAUAGUGCCCCAACGCCCUAUUAAGUGACUUUACAUUGGGGUUUCCAUUUUUUUUGUCCACUACCUGUAGUUAAGCCACGGAACCUUGAAGGAAAGGGCUCAGCUUUGGGAAUCUCUGUCUGGACCACCAGGAUUCAAACCAGUGAUAUCCUGAUUGUAUGACCCCUGCACUCAGGCAUAGAGCCUGUCAGUGUUGGUUACACUGGGCUCAGUAGAAAUGUGUAGCACACGUUUAUAACAUCUGCUAUCCCUAAAAGUUUGUAUGUGUUGUAAAUGCUUUUAUAAAAUCGAUUGUGUGUGUUUUUGCAGACGGAUGGAAACGCGUUGCAUCAGAGUGAGGAGAGAGAAAAAGGCAAAUUACAGCGAGGACGAUAAAGUACACUCCGCAUGAAACACUGCAUGUGCGCAAAACCUCUAUUCCAGAAAUAAAAGGGAUCGGAUCUCUGGACUGAUACGGCCACCAUUUCACCGAUCAACGAUAAUGGAAAGAAAAAAAAGAGUAACGUAAAAUAGGUUUAGUUAAAACUCAAUAGCUGACUGAAAAGGCGCAUCUAUGUGUUUCUGCAUUUUGACUAUACUUGACUUGAAUCUAUCAAAGACUAUACCGACUGUCCUUAAUCUUUUAUAACGCAAUGAGAGCCUUGAAUAGCAAACUUUGUGUCUUAAUCGAGAGACGUACUGUGUUUGCUUUGUAAGCCAAACACGUCUGAACACUUCUCCCUUGAUAGGCGUGUACUAAACAGUCCAGAAUAUUCUACAUACACACAAAUCCAGCUUCAACUGGAAUGGGCAAGCGUGGACGUCUUCACGAAUAUGUUGUCAUCGUCAACACUUGAAUAUUGGCCUCCCUGAUAAGUCAGUCGUUAUCAUUAGCUGAAGUAAACCUCUCUGUGAUUGGCCAAUGCGGCUUUUGGGCAGAACGGUUGAGGUAUUCGGUACGUUCGUCGCGUCAUGUUAAAGCUCUGACUGCAUUGGCUGCCUUACGGUACAGGGCGUUUUAAACAUUCUGUGAUUGGUUGCUAGGGGAGAAGCGGGUAGAAGCUUCCAGAAACAGGUGGCAACUAUAAAGAUAAUUUAGACUUGAGAGAGAAAGAGAGAAACAGGUUUAAUGGGUGGGUGUGUAUCUUUAUAAAAAGUGUAAACCAUACAUUUAUUAAAAAGAAAUACAUUCGUAAACAAACAAAGUACCCAUGUUCUAAAGGAAAAAAAGAAAUCUGAAGAAGAGACGAUUGACAACGACUGUGAAAUCCUUAACAUUGUGGUUUGUUGUGCUGCGGAAGCAUGGACGGCGUGUCUCUGAUAACAAACCCGACUGUUUCGGUUCGGGUAACCAGCACUGCAAAUUCCUUCGAGGCUCUGCGCAGGUUUAACAGAGCGAUCACCAUCGCCGAAUUUAAGUGCAAGUUGGAGCUGGUUGUUGGAAUCCAGGCAUCUUGCAUGGACCUCCAGCUCUUCAGCUCCACCGACGCGUUCCUCCAGAAACUCGACGACAACGAGGCCCUGAUGGGGUCCUACCCUGUGGACGACAACUGCAGAAUACACGUGAUUGAUAAGAGCGGGAGCGGGUCAGGGGAGUUUGAAGACUUGUCAACGGUGGAGAAGUUCCAGCUCCCGGAUGAGGCUUAUGACAAGAGAUCAGAGUCAGUCCGCUCGUUCCUGAAGAAAAAUAAGGCGGGGCGCUUCAACGAGGAGAAGGCUGCCCAGAAAGAGGAGCUGCAGGUGCAGAGGGAUGCCGAGGAGAAGCUCCUGGCAGAGGCCCUAGCCCCAGGGUUACGCUGUGAGGUGCAGCUUAUGGGGCAGCCCACCAGGCGAGGCACGGUCAUGUAUGUGGGUAACACCGAGUUUAAACCUGGUUACUGGGUUGGAGUCAAAUAUGACGAGCCUCUGGGGAAGCAUGAUGGAAGUGUAAACGGGAAGCAGUAUUUUCAGUGCCAACCCAAAUACGGGGCCUUUGUGAAGCCGCAGUUUGUCACAGUGGGAGAUUUCCCAGAGGAAGACUUUGGACUGAGUGAUGAAAUGUAACCGGGUGGCUUGCGUUGAUUCCAGGAGGAUGAUGCUACCCAGUGUGGAGGAGUCUGUCAUGAGUCUCUCCACGGUCUCCGUCUCGCUGUUCUUGCAGAGCUGCUUAUUUUUUUGCCUCCAAAAAAAUGUUGGCUGGGACAUUAGACUUAUUUUGAUUUAUUUAUUUUUUUCAGUGAUUUGUCAACUAACUUUUUAUUUGUAAAUGCUUGACUGAUAAUAGAUGGACUUGUACAAUAUCUGCUGUGGAAAAGGAAACUGAAAGGAGGUUGGACAUCUGUAAUAACAAUGUACUUGGGUAGCUUUCUUAUUUAUCGAUCUGAGUGACCAGGCUUAUCGUGGAGACAGUUCUCCAUGUAAGCCAGCAUGUGUAUUUUGUUCUGUUUUAAGGUGAUGUUCAUUUUUUUUCCAUCUGGCUAAUAAACACUUUAGCCUAAAGCCCUUUCAA